AUAUAAAUAAAAAAAAUUGUAAAAAAAUAUUUUUAAACAAAAAAAAAACAGUCGUAAACGUGUGCAGGUGAAAAUUUAUGCCAAGUGCAAGUGUUCUGUGUUGUAAGUACUUCAAUAAUAACACAAAAAAAAAAAAUAAAUAAACAAAAUAUACCUAAAAUAACUUCAGUAAAAUAAGCAAUAAAUGUAACACAUUUAAACGAAUUGCUCUUAAUUAUUUAAUUAAUUUAGUAGUAUAUUUAGUGUAUCUUAAAAGUAACUCAACAUUUGCAACUAACAAUUUUUGCAGUCAAGACAUUUUAAUUACAAAGCACACAACACAAUUCACAGCCCACAACACUGAAUGAAGUUAACAAUAAUAAUAACAGCACAAGCAAAAAAUAUAUAUCUAUAUAUCUAUAUAUUUUAUAUAACAAAAUAAUGCUAAAAGCAUUUCAAGGAGUUUAACAGCAACAACAAAUAUUUACACGACUGACAAACUAAGUCGGUAAAUAACUUAUAGAUAGAUAUUGUAUACACAUGAAGUAUCUUACGGCCUGUCUUGUUUCUAUGAGUUAUUUGUAAUAUACGCGGAGAUAACUUAACUACUCACACCUACCGGCAGAAUAAUAAUACUCUAAGUAAUCGUAUCUGAAAGCAAUAAACAACUGAAAAUGUGCUGCUUACAAUAUUAUAUAUAUGAGCAUAUUUCGUGCACACAAUCAUAGAUAAUUGUAUCGCAAAGAUACGCAUUCGCCUCGUAUAUAAUUCGUACCAGUAACAGCCGGAGCCUUUUAGAAUUGUUUUGAUUUUUAAUUAAAUUAAAACGAGUAUAUUCCAAAAUUAUUAGCACAAAUGUGUUAAUAAAGUUCAGCACAACACAGAAAUUGUACCAAAUAUACAACAAAAAAAUUAUUAAAAAAAAGAUACAAAAUCCAACUAAAAAAGAAAAAUUUCAGUUGAUUUAAGUUAAAAAAUUGAAAAUCUUACAGAUUUUCGAAUCUUAAAAAUUCGUAUUUUUGCAAAAAAUUUAGUCUAUAAACGGAGUUACGUGACUGCAGACGCUAAAAAGAUCGGUGUUAUUUAAGCUCUCGAAAAUCAUAUGAAAAUAAAUAAAAACAAUUUUUAUAUAUUUUAAUAUUUUUUUGAAUUUGAAAUAAAAAUUAUUUGUGCAUUUUUCGAAAAUGUCUGAACUGCAAUUGAUUUCGAAUGUGACGGCAACUAGUGAAAAAAUAGAAUUUCCAUCUUUCGAUUUACCCCAGAAUUACUCGAUAUUAAUAAAUAAAUUAGAGCAACUGGCACUUGGCUUAGAUUCGGCACUGGGCAACUUCACUGUGGAGCACAAAGAUGCAGAAAUUGUAGUGAAUGGUGCAUCUGAUGAUUUUAUAAUUGGCUUGCCUACAACAGCUGGACGUGUGCCACCACCGCGCAUUGGUCACACACACAUGGACGAAGUGGAGUACUCCAGAGUUGUGAGCGAUAUCUGGAUUGGAGUGAUACUGACGUUGCUUAUUGUUUGUGUAAUAUUUUUCAUAUGCUCCUGCUUUCUAUAUCACAAAUUUCAACAAUGGAAAAACUCAUAUCGCACAAAUCCUAAUGAACCCGUUGAAAUAUGCCGCCACUAUGGUCCUGACUUUGAAGUUGAGUCGUUGCCAUCCUAUACCAUUGUUUCUGGCUUACCAACCUAUGAUGCAGCAUUAGAAGAAUUCCGUAAAGCUGGUAUCAUACUGACACCACAAAUACCGAUUAUUAAAAUUUUCGAAAAUGAUGCAAAGGAAGGUCAAAUUUUUAAUGUGGACAAUGUCGAUAACGCUGGUGAUAACAUAUCCAUCAACUCUACUUGUACCUGCGGUGGAGCUAAUAAUUCUAGUAACAUAUUAUCGGCAAAUAACUUAGCUGCUAGUUUAUUAAAUGUGCCACAAGGCUCUGGUCAAGUCAUCGAACUCUCGCCAGAACAUUUAGCCACUCUGUCACAAAAACGUUUAUCUUUGCAAAUUGGUUUUAGCAAUGCUCCCACCCCAGUGCGACGCAACUCACGCCCACGUGUAGAUCUAUACCGGGAAGUAAGUCGUAAUAAUAUGCUACGUUCAAGAGCUGUUGGUAAUACUGCUAUGGAAGCUUUUCCACAAAUACAUCGCUCGUCAUCCUCAUCAUCAUUGACAAAUGACCGUAAUCACUGCGAACAUCGCCGGCAUCAUAUGCAACAUCGAGGAUCUCUCUGCUAAAGUGUCUGUCUAUAGGAUUAAGUCAAUUUUAUUAUUAUUUUAUUAAAUGUGAAGUACCUAUUUUCUUAAGUACUUAAAUUGUGUAUUUUUGACAUAAGUUUUAUUAGUCAAAUAUUAUUUUAAAAUUGUGUAACUGAGAUGAAACUAGUCAUUGAUAAUUUGUCAUUUGUUCCUAAAAGCAAUUCAGUGUAUUCUUAAAUGAAACAAUGACGAUUAGUUGUUUUGAUAAUUCACUAAAAAUUAUAAUGACUAAACAAUGUUAAAGUAAAAGUACUGAACUCGUUUUUUUUAAAAAACUCCUGAAAGGAAUAUUUUCAAUAUUCGAAAUUAAUAUUCGAAAACCUAUUCUGCCUACUAAGUAAAACUUAUUAUUA